CAAACAUUCUAUUACAGCUCAAUUUAAUAUUAUAAAUACUGUAAAUCUUCAAACUGUGUGGAUGAGAGCUACCUCUCACAAUCUAUUUGUAUUUGGUUAAAUUUUAUCAAAAUAUUAAUGUCACCCCGACUUCAUGUUUCGUAAAUUUGCUUCUGGUAUAGUUUGGAGUACACUGGGAACUAAGAAUAUGGCAAAUUUGUCAAAUAACAACUCAUGGAAAGAAGGAAUUUUAAGAAAACGAAAAGGCAGAACUCCUGAUAAAAUUAAAAGAUUUAAAAGCAGUGCCCUCAGAAGUUCAUCCAUCGAAGGGAAAAAACAAUGUGAAAAAAGAUUUUUGACUGAACCAACUUCUUAUUUUGCAUCGAAACGAUUGAGACUCUUGUCAAUUCAAAGCGCAAACCUUGCUCUUGCGAACUGCAGGAUCUUAGCAAAACCAGAGCAUAGUGAUGGGAAAAAUUCAUCUUUGUCAAAUAUACUUGUUGCACUUGAUUGUGAAAUGGUUGAAUGUCAAGGUGUCACUAAUUCACUGGCUCGUUGCUCAAUUAUUAACUACGAUGGACAAACUGUACUUGAUUUGUUUGUAAAGCAAACUUUAAGAGUCGUUGACUAUCGAACUCCUCAUAGUGGAAUGACUAAAAAACUACUGAAUAGUGACACUUGCGUUACCUUCCUAGAAGCACAGAAACAAGUUAAAAAAGCCAUUGAAGGGAAACUUCUUGUUGGACAUAGUAUUCAUAACGAUCUCACUGCUUUAGAGAUGAGUCAUCCGAAACAACAUACAAUUGAUAUUGGUUAUGGUUCUGCAAGAAAAUUAAUCGACCAAUACAGAGAAAAAUACUCAUUAUGUUUAAAUAGAUCUUCUUUGAAAUUUUUUGCAAAACAGUUGCUCGAUCGAAAAAUACAACACAAUCGCCAUUGUUCUGUAGAAGAUGCAACUGCCACGUUGGAUAUUUUCAAAUUAGUUGAAAAUGAGUGGCUCGCAACUCAUAGGGGUGUUCUUGAUAGUUCGAUUUUACAAGAAGAUUCAUAUUUUGAAGAUAAAUAUUGGCCGAGCCAUAUCAUGAAUGAAUGAUAGGUUAUUGUUAACACUACAAAUUAAUAAAUUCCAUAUUCACUUGAAGUUUAUUAAGGUCAUAUUUAGUAUAAUUUUACAUCAAUUCAUUCGUUUUAAAAUUGGUAUUCACUCAUUUACUCUAUAGUUUAUGUUUGUAUUUGAUUUUGACAGUCGAAUUGUAUGCAUACAAUAUAUCAUACCUACAACCCAGACAUGUUAUUGGAAAAAUAUGAAUUGUCUCUAGAUUGCAGUUUGCUCUUUUAGGCAAUGAGUUGUUUUCACACCUACACUCAAAGCAAAGCUCUUGAGAAGCAGUUAACAGAUAUGUGAAAAUAUUUUCUGAGAACUGGACACUUUCUCAUCAAGCAAAUGGCAAAACAUAUGUUUUCCGCAUUGUAUAUCAUAUUUAUAUAUAUCUGUGGUGUAUGAUAGUAUUUGAAGAUUGGAAACAAGGCUGUUAAUGUGGAAGUAAAAAUGUGUGGCCUGUAUUUUUGUCUAGUUAAUAAAUAUUUUAUGCUAUAGGACAACUAUUAACAAAAUAUGCAUAUCAGACUUACCUGAGUUUAGGCUUUGUACUUUGCAUGUAUACAUUUGGCAAAGGGAGUUUUCACUGUUAGGAAAUUGUAUUUUCUGUUUUCAUUUAUGACGUUUCGUGAACAUCAGUUUCCAAGAACUGCCAGCUAAAUUUUUUGAUGAUAAAUUUCAGACUAUUUAUUUGUUAUAUAAAAAUGCAUCCAAAUCUUUCCCCGCAUCUUCAUACUCCAGAAUGCAAUGAAAAGAUCUAUGCUCUUUUGAUGUGCAGAAAACAGCAUCCGUUCAAGCAAUAUUUUGGAGCAUGUAACCGUGCUGAUCAUGAGAUGUUAGCUUGCUUCAGGAGGGAGCUGCGGGAUAGAAGAAAAGCAAACUAUGAAAUGUAUGCAGAAAGAAAGAAAUCAAAAAAGAAAGUAGAUUAUGGCGAAUGGAAUUGGGAUAAAUAACGAAAGAAGUGGAUCUGCAGAUAACAUCAUAGUGGAUUGUUUCACUUGGGAAUUUAAGCUUGGUUUGAUUCUUUCACUGUGUUAACUGAAAAACUCUGUCAACUGCUGUUCAUGGCCCAAUGUACAUUCCGUGGACUGGUAGUUUUGAGUUUGCCUCUUGGCUGGAAUGACUCCAAGAACAUCUUUAAUAUUGUGUUUGAUCUUAAAAUUGCUACAAUGGAGUGGGUAUUUAUAUCACAAGAAAGGUUGACGACAUAAUCUACAGCCCGCCUUAUCUUGUUACCAGUUUUGGGUAAUUAACAGGUCAAUUAGUAACAAUUAAUGCAUGAUUGAUAGAAACCACAAUGAAUAUAUUAUUGGUUAAAUAUUUAAAACACUUUUACAUCUUUAGUAUGCAAAUAUAUUAAUUUGAAUAUG